ACUGCGCCUAACACCCCUGCGCAAACUUCCUAUGUAGGAGUAUAAGGAUGUGUACAAUACUCUGUAUGGGCUGUGUCACAGGGGUAAUGUGUAUAACGGUGUAACCCACACACCAUAGGAGCCAUUUAUUCUCUCGGCGCCUGGGGGCGGAUCCCUUUCUUAUUAGUUGGGCUCCUAGUUUGGCUACAGAUCGGGUCUGGGCUGGUGUCAGGGUCUGGGCGACUCCAGUGCGCUCCCCUCACUGCUGCCAGCAGCCACAACUAUGAUCCGGAGAAGCCUGAGGCUCAUUCCUCAGCAACUCAGUACUUGCGACUCGCUGCCUGUGUGGAAUACAGCUGCCGCUGCGACUCGGAGGUCUCUCAGCGCAGGUCCUAGCACCCAGGGUGAGGAAAAGCAGUCAGCGUUUUUAGGAAAGAGAUGGAAAGAUACGGCAGAGACAGUGAUCAUUGGCGGUGGGUGUAUUGGUGUGAGUUUGGCCUAUCACCUGGCUAAGGCUGGCAUGAAAGAUGUUGUUCUGUUGGAGAAAUCGGAACUCACGGCCGGAUCCACAUGGCAUGCUGCUGGGUUAACCACAUAUUUUCACCCUGGAAUAAACCUGAAGAAAAUACAUUACUACAGCAUAAAAUUGUAUGAACGUCUAGAAGAGGAGACUGGACAGGCUGUUGGGUUCCACCAACCAGGUAGUAUAAGAAUUGCUUCAACGCCAACAAGAGUGGAUGAACUGAAACACCAGAUGACACGUGCUCAUUGGCAUCCAACCCCACAGUAUUUGGUUGAGCCGGAAAAAGUGCAAGAGUUGUUUCCUUUACUGAACAUGAACAAGGUUUUAGCUGGCCUGUAUAAUCCUGGAGAUGGCCAUAUCGAUCCAUAUUCCUUGACAAUGGCACUUGCAGCUGGAGCUAGGAAAUACGGAGCACAGUUAUAUUACCCUGCAGAGGUGACCGGCUUAAUACCCCAGCCUAACGGGACGUGGGAUGUGGUAACAGCGCAUGGAACGAUUCACGCUAAUAGGAUUGUGAAUGCUGCAGGAUUCUGGGCCCGAGAAGUUGGAAAGCUGAUUGGACUGCCACAUCCCCUAAUUCCUGUUCACCAUCAAUAUGUCGUCACAGCCACAGUCCCAGAAGUAAAAGCCCUUAACAGAGAGCUGCCUGUCCUGCGUGAUUUGGAAGGAUCUUAUUAUUUAAGACAAGAGAGGGAUGGGCUCUUAUUUGGACCUUAUGAAAGUCAAGAAAAAAUGAAACUGCAAGAUUCUUGGGUAACAGACGGCGUUCCGCCAGGGUUUGGAAAAGAAUUGUUUGAGUCUGACCUAGACAGGAUUAUGGACCACGUGGAAGCAGCCAUGGACAUGGUUCCUGUGCUGAGAAAUGCAGACAUUAUCAAUAUAGUAUCAGGGCCCAUCACUUACUCUCCAGAUAUCCUGCCAAUGGUUGGCCCUCACCAGGGGGUGCAGAAUUACUGGGUGGCUAUUGGUUUUGGGUAUGGUAUAAUCCAUGCAGGGGGCAUAGGCAAGUUCCUCUCCGACUGGAUAAUGAGUGGUGAGCCCCAAUUUGAUCUCAUCGAAUUAGAUCCCAAUCGCUAUGGAAGGUGGACAACUACACAAUACACAGCAUUAAAAGCAAGAGAGUCCUAUGGAUUCAACAAUAUAGUUGGCUACCCUAAAGAAGAGAGGUUCGCUGGCCGGCCCACAGAGAGAACAAGUGGACUUUACGAGGAACUGAAGACAAAAUGUUCUAUGGGUUUCCAUGCGGGAUGGGAGCAACCACACUGGUUCUACAAGCCAGGGGAUGACACUGGAUACAAACCAAGUUUUCGUAGAACAAACUGGUUUGAGCCUGUGCGGCGUGAAUAUAAACAAGUCAUGGAGAAGGUCGGCGUGAUAGAUCUGACACCGUUUGGCAAGUUUACAGUCAAAGGAAAAGAUUCCAUUCAUCUCCUGGACCAUCUAUUUGCAAACACAAUUCCAAAAGUGGGUUUCACUAACAUAAGCCACAUUCUAACUCCCAGAGGCCGCGUGUAUGCGGAGCUCACUGUCUCUCAGCUCUCUCCUGGGGAGUUCCUUCUAAUAACUGGGUCUGGAUCAGAGCUUCAUGAUUUAAGGUGGAUUGAGGAGGUUGCAGUUCGAGGGAAAUAUAACACAGAUAUAGCCAAUGUGACUGAUGAGAUUGGGGUUCUGGGUAUAGCAGGGCCCCUGGCCCGGAAAGUCCUGCAGAAACUCACACCCGAUGACCUGGGCAAUACCUCUUUCAAGUUCCUGCAGUCUAGGAAACUAAAUAUUGCCGGAAUCCCUGUAACAGCCAUUCGGAUUUCAUACACGGGUGAGCUUGGCUGGGAACUUUAUCACAAGAGACAGGAUACAUCUGCCCUGUACCGUGCCCUCAUGCAAGCUGGACAAGAAGAAGGAAUUGAUAACUUUGGAACAUACGCCAUGAAUGCCCUGAGGCUAGAGAAAGGAUUCCGUGCCUGGGGAGCGGAGAUGAACUGUGACACCAACCCCCUGGAGGCUGGGCUGCAAUAUUUUAUAAAGUUAAACAAGCCAGCAGAUUUUAUUGGCAAGCAAGCCUUGACAAAAAUCAAGGAGAAGGGGCUUCAGCGGAAGUUGGUAUAUCUAACCCUAAAUACCGAUAAUGUGGAUCCCGAGGGCAAUGAGAGUGUAUGGCACAAUGGAAAGGUUGUCGGCAACACUACUUCAGGAACCUACAGCUACAGCACCAAUCAAAGUCUGGCAUUUGCCUAUGUACCUGUAGAACUUAGUACCACUGGGCAAAAACUGGAGGUGGAACUCCUUGGUAACAAGUAUCCAGCGACUGUAAUACAAGAGCCACUAGUACUGACUGAGCCCACCAGGAGCCGCAAGCAGAGAAGCGCUGCAGUGUAAUCCUAACCUAGAACUCAUUACUGUGUGACAUGCUGCUCUUCAUCCAGUCCAGAAAUACUGUCACGAGACAUCACCAGAGGAUUAUAUAGUUAUUCUUAAACCAUUAAAAGGGGCAGGGUAAAGGUUAUGUUAUUCACAUUCAGGGCAAUGCAGAGUAAUCAUAAACAAACUAAUUCUAAAGGGAUUCUGUCAUGAUUUUUAUGGUGUAGUUUUCAUUACUAAAUUAUACUGUGUACAUUGCAAAUAAUUCACUCUACCAGUUAAAAUUGUAUUAUUAUUCUUGUUAUUACUAAAGUAUUUUUUUAGCUGUAAUAUUGGCAUGUAGGCAGCCAUCUCAGUGCAUUAUGCCUGAUUCUGAGCUUUCAGAAGGAGCCAGCAUUCUUUGAGUAACUUCCUCCUCUUUUCUAUUUUCCUAUCUUUUGCCAAACAGUUGAUUGUGGAAAUCAUUCACUAUCUGGGAACCUUUUCUCUCAUUAUACAAACAAAAUGGAGUAAUGUCCUUCUCUGCCCAUGUGCAGGGCCACAAUCAGUAAUCGUGAAGCCCCAUACUGCUUUAAGGGCCCCAAUUAGUAGCCCACCAGUUACCAAUGAAAUGAAAAUGCCCAGUGCAUACAUGGCCUUUAUUAUAUCCAGGUACACCCCACAACACCCUUAUCCCACCCAUGAUCUACCCAAACCCCAUCCACUCCCCCACAAGCCCAAUCUACAGUGGCUUGAAAAAGUAUUCGGCCCCCUUGAACUUUU